GUUACCCCUCCAUUUUGGAUCUUCCACAUGGUGUUAUGAACGUUCCGUCGAUCGCAGUACGCGUUUAAAAUAACUUGACUACGUUUCAUUGCGACUUGUAUUUCAAUCUGGAUCGUCUGUCUGUUGCCAGUUGUCUGAAUCAGCCUUUGUGUACAUUUUCUGGCUCUAAUAGAGUUUCAUUUAUUAUAAAAAUAAGAUGACUGACAAACCUUUAACGGAGAUGCCAGUUGCGCAAAAUGAGGUCAAGUCUAGUUGGGCUGACGAGGUCGAAGAGGAGGGAGGAGCGUUGCCCGCGCCUACGGAGGUCUAUGAGAACGGUUUAAAGAUUCUCACCGAGUACAAAUACAAUCAGGACAACAAGAAGGUCAAGGUUGUGCGCGUUUACAAGAUCGAGCGGCGUACAGUGUCGAAAACAAUUGCGGUGCGUAAGAAUUGGACAAAGUUCGGCGAUUCCGCCGACGACAGGCCAGGGCCCAAUCCGGCCACCACCGUAGGCGGUGAAGAUGUCUUCAUGCAAUUCAUAUCCAGCAAAGAGGAGGAGAACAAGGUGGAGGAGGACUCCCUGGAUAAGUUGAAAAGCAUGGGCGACAAGGGUGUCGUCAAGUGCCGUAACUGCAACGGCGAUCACUGGACGUCCAAGUGUCCGUACAAAGAUACCGUUCUCGCCGGUGGGAAAGUACCGGACGACAAGAAGCCCCUCGUUAAUACGGGAGUGCCUGGUGCAAUGGCAGAGCUUAAGCCGCAGGGUGGCAAGUACGUGCCGCCCGGUAUGCGCGACGGCGGCAACAAACGCGGCGACUCGAUGCAGAUGCAGAGACGCGACGACACGACUGCUAUACGCAUCUCCAAUCUCUCGCAGAGCACCACGGACGCGGAUCUGGAUGAGCUGGUCAAGCCGUUCGGUUCCGUGGUGAAGCAGUUUCUCGCCAAGGAGAAGCUUUCCAAUCUCUGCAAGGGUUUCGCAUAUGUGCACUUCAAACACAGGGCCGAUGCCGCACGAGCGAUCGCCACUCUGGACGGUUACGGUUACGAUCAUCUUAUUCUGAGCGUCGAGUGGUCGAAACCACAAGUUCAGAACAAUUAGGGCGAUUCGAAGUAUACAAGUGCGGAUAGAAAUCUGAAAUUAGUUUGACUACAUUUGGAAAGAAUCCCUAUGACAAACAAACUAUAUUAGUGCAUAAAUCUAUGUACAUUCUACAAUAAGUCGAAAUGUAAUGGCAGUCUGUAUUCGUCUCAUUUAAUUCUAAAUAUGAAAAUCAAAUUUUCACUCAAAUAUAUAUUUAUUCAAUAUAGUAAUAUUGUGUAGCCACGACAUGAAAAUUUCUGUUUAUUAUAUUCUAUUUCUUAAAUGUGGCGUGAAUACAGACGAAAUCCCAACUUUAUUUUAUAUCUUGAAACUUGUUCACGUAAGCAUGUAAGUAUAUAAAUAUGUAAAUGUAUACAUACUAAUAUACAUUUAUUAUACAUAUUUUUACUAUAUAUUCUAUAUAUUUAGUAAAUAUAUAUAGUAAAAAAUAUAGAUAGUAAACAGGGGAGCACAUUCUUCACGUACUUUUAUUAUACUCUAUUAAAAUAUAAAAUCUGUUUCAAUGUACUUUCGGUUUGCUAAUUUAAAGCUACUCUGUUUAUUCGCGUGAAAAAUGAUUUCAUCGAUAGUAUCAUAUUUUUUAUUCUGGAAAUCUUAUAUCAAAUGCAAAAUAUAUUGUAAAUUCUUA